UAUCGAUAAUAUUUAAGUAAAUAUCUCAACAAACAAUUUGACGAAAAUUGUUUUAAAUGAAGUGAGUAUCUCAAAUAUGAAAACUUUAUAUUAUAGCAGCUCCAACGUUUAUUUUUGGUAGAGUAUCUGAAGAUUAAAAAAAAUAGAAAAUAGAUAAAGUUUGAACCGAUCCUUUGGAGACAUAUUUCUUCUGACAUUUUAGAAUCGGUGUCUCUAUAUUUUGUCGUUUUAGUGGUCAAUUAAUUUUCUUAAAUAAAAAUAUUUAUUUUUUAAAUUAAAAUUUAAGAACUUUUGAGAGUAUUUAUAGUUAAGGGUGCUCUUAUAGCUAAAUAGUUUUUCAUAAAUCACUGAUUUUUUUAUCCCUAAUAUAUGAUUUUUAAUAUCUAAUAAGUAUUUUUUAUACAGGGAGUUAAAUAGUAUGAAGUGACUUUAAGACUUGUGAUAUGGUUUGUUAUAAAUAGUAUGAAGUCGAUUGCAAAAAGUGACUUUAAGACUUGUGAUAUGGUUUGUUAUAAAUAGUAGUCUAAUUUUUACAUGUGGAAAUUUUUUCAAGACUUCCUGACCAUAUUUUGGAGAUACAUUAGCUUUAUUCAUCUCAAGUUAUUGAAAUCGAACCAUGAUGCACACAAACUUUAGAACCAACUAAAGUACAAUUGUGGUUAUUCACGUUACUUUUAGUUUAUAUAUUGAAAAAAUGUAUUGACAUCUUGGGUAAUUGUUUUAUUCUUAGAAAGCUAAAUGUCAUUAGAGCUAAAUAAUUGGCAAGGUUUACAUUUUGUGUGUUAUAAAUGGUUGUUCCAAUAUCUAAGAGCAUGCUAUCAGUAAUAUUUAAGUAAAUAUCUCAAUGAACAAUAUAUUAAAAAUAAUUUUAAAAUGAAAUCAUUAUCUCAAAUUUGAAAGAGAAAUUUUCUUAGAUAACCAUUUUUAAGUUUUUGUCAAAAAAUAGUCCUUAAGAAGAAAAAUGACUAAAAUAAGUUUUAUUAAAGGAUUAAAAUAUAUUUAUAUCUAAACUUAGGGUUUAGAGUUAAGAUAUUAGAUUUUGAGGAUAAAAAGAUGCUAUUUUGGUCAUUUUUUUUCUUUAAAUGCUAUUUUUGUUACAAAAAUUUAAAAAUGACUAUUUAAGAGAAUUUUCCAAUUUGAAAACUUUAGCUAAAUAGUUAUUCAUAAAUCAUUGAAUUUUUAUCUAUAAUUUUUAAUUUAUUAAUAUCUAAUAAGUAAAAUUUUCAUGGAAUUAAACUUAAUAUCUGGCCUUAUGAAAAUGAAGUCCAUUGCACAAAGUGACUUUAAGACUUGUGAUAUAUAUUGUUUGUUACAAUUCAUAGUUAAUACUUUAAACGUGGGAAUUUUUUGAGACUUUCUGACAAUAGUUUGGAUAAACAGUAAUUUAACCACAUGAAAUUAUUCAAAUCAAACCGUAACUUAAAUUUGAGGUAUUUAACUUGGUAAACCCAAACAUAAUGGAAAUAGAGAUAAGUUCAAAUUAUGCACAAACUUUAGAACCAUUUUUGAAAAAGAAAAUGUAUUGACAUUUAGGAAAAUAAAAUAAUUUCUAGAAAGCUUAAUGCAUGUCGUUAUAAAUAAUUAACUAGAUUUUGAUCCGCGUUGAAACACUAAUUAUGUAUUUUUGUUGUUGUUUGAUUAUAAAACCGACAAAAAAAUAUUGUGAAUGGAUUUCGAUAUAAUUGUCAUUGUGGUUAGUUGUCGUCUUGUCGAGCUUAUAGGCUUAGUUCUCUGUAAGUUAUGAUCUGUUACAACUGUUUAGAUAUGUAGUUGACAUAUUCUCUCUUUUGAUUUGUAUAUAAAGAUGUAUCUUCAAUACGUAAUAUACAGAAAUACUCAACACUCGCUUUCUUUACAGUUCCUUUAUAGUAAUCUUUCUUCUUCUUUUUUUUUUGAAAAAGUAUAGUAAUCUUUCUUUCAGCAUUGUCUUUGAAAAUUACAGGCGAUGUAUACCUACCAUCAAUUCUUUGUUCCUCUACCAUCGUUUUAUCAUCUCACAGCCUUCUUGUCUGCUUAUUGUGCAGGCUAGGCUCCCAAAUCAGUGAAACAGUUCACUGAAAUGGUGCAGUGUAAUAAAUAAUAUUCACAUAUGAUCAGCGGUGAACCCAUGAAAUAUUAUUUGAGGGUCAAAAUAAAACAAAAAAGUCUUCUAGGGGAUUUGAUCUCGGCUUCUGUAGGUUCAAUAAUUCAUAUUUCAACCAAAUACACUGCCUUCAAUUAUUAAACAUAGCUUACAUAAUUUGUUUUUAACAUAUUUGUGGUGUCAAGUGAUCCUUAUAGAUCCGCUCCUGCAUAUGAUAACAUUUAUUAUUUGGAUAUGAUAAACCAGCAAAUAUGAAGAGACAAAAUUAACGAUUUCAAAAAAAAUAUUAAAUUUCUUUUUAAAAAUAAGGAUUUUUCUAAAGAAAAUUAUUGUUUUUAAAAAACUUCCGAUUUUUCUAAAAAAAAAUUAACGAUUUUUAAAAAGAAUUAACGGCCCAGUAUCUCAUUCAAGCCCACGUUACUUAGAGGCUAGUAAACUUGGUGGCAAAGUAAGGACUGAGGCACGUGCAAGCACGGAACCUGCUUUACCCGCCAAAAUCGCCGUCUUUUACCAAGUCCACAAGUCUUUUUUUUUUUUGCUUACUAAAAUUAUUAGUUUUAGGAAUGAAAUUUAACUGGAUUUUUUUAAUUUUAAUUAGUAGAAACGUGUUCUAGGGCUCUAUAUUGUUAUAGAAAUAUUUCUGAAGAUUUUUAAAGCGUAUUUGGAACUUGCUAUAUAUCCUAGCCGUUCUAAAACACGUUCUAUACUCUAUAGCUUGUGUCGCUCAAGAACUAAGGUUUGCCUAUAUUUAGGAAAAUGAAGGAUAAAAAAUAAACGAGAGGAUACAGUUAUUGAGUGACGAGUAACCGUAGGUGAUUAAUGAACUAAUUAAUAUUCCAAAUUAAUACAUAAGCAGAAGCCAAAAAAAUAACUUAAAAGUGACGGUUACUUUUAUAUUGGUACCAAACAGUACUUAUUUAGAGGCUCAAUUUUCUUACAUCGUAAAAAGUCACAAUGAAUUGUAUUCUUAUGAUGAAAAUAAUUGGCCUGCCAAAAUGAUGUAGUAAUAUAUUCUGCAGGUUUACGAAUUUUAUAUAAACGUAAUAUUUUUCAAAUGUUUAAUUUUCACACAGACAGUUUAAAAACAAACUAGAUAUUGACCCGCCCUAUAUGUUUUGUUUUAAAAAUAUUUGUCUAAUAUAAUUUAUAUGUUUGUGUGUUUGUAUAAUUAUAUUUUUGUAUGAUAUGAAUUUAACAGAAUAGAUUAUUUUUGUAAAUAUAUUAAAUAAAUCAAGUUUCAUAUGUACUUGUGUCUUUUCUUGUAUCAUAUAUGUAUUUUUUUGUAAUCAUAUUUAUGUUUUAUCUCUGAUCAUAUUAUAGAGUAAGAAUUCGGGUUCGAUUCCGACUAUUCAGAUAUUGGUCUUUAGAUGAGAGAUUAAAACUUAUUUGGAUAUUUAUAAAUUUUAGUUCGGAUUCAGUUUGGAUAAUUACGGGUUCAGUUUAAAUACGGAUACUCAUUAAAAUAAUGUAAAAAUAUUGAAAUACAAAUAUACCCGCCCUUUAAAUUAUGUAAAAAUAUUUUUGGUCUAUCUUUUUUGAAAAAUUUAAAUUUUAUAAUUGUAUUUUUUUAAAUCAUAUUAUAUUUAAUAUUAAUUUAAUUUAAUAUAUUUUUUGGUAGUUAAAUUAAUGUUAAACAUAAUAUGAUUACAAAAAAACACAAAUUUAAAAAUUAACUGCCAUAAAAAAACUAAAACAAAAAAUAUACCCGCUAGAAUCUAGUGCUUUUUAAAAUAACCUGCAAAAAUUUGUUAUCACAAAUUUUUGCAUGUUUGAUGUAAACUUAAUAAAAUUCUAAGGAUAUUGUUUAUUUGUAUAAUUUAUGACAGUUAAUUUUCUUUCUAAUAAAAUUCUAAAAUAAAAAUAAAUAUAUUUUAUUCUUCUUUAGAUGACAUCGUAUUGGGUAUCUUCAUCGUUUGAAAUAUUUUUUGCUGGGUACUUUUUGUUUAAUAAAAUGAUAUGGCAUUAGUUGUAUUAAAAAAUGGCGUGAGCUAUAGAAAACUACUUUUAUUAAUGGGUCAUACUACCGUUUUAAUAGAAUAAAUAUGGUAUAUUUGGAUUUUAAUAUUUUUACAUAGUUGAAAUGAAUACCCGUAUUUGAAAACCCGUAAUGAUCCAAACCGAAUCCGAACUAAAAUUUAUAAAUAUCCAAAUAGGUUUUAAUCUCUCAUCUAAAGACCAGUAUCUGAAUAGUUGGAAUCGAACCCGAACUCUUGCCCCUACAUGUAGUCUAUAAUUUGAAUAGAGUAAUAUAGGCUAUACCUUCCUCUUUAAACAUACUUAAUUAAUUAUUAAUAGCAUGAUUAAUUGACAGACUUAAUAAAUAAUAAUCAAUAAUUUGCAAACAAAUUCGGUGGCCUAGUGGAACACAGCACGCACAUGUUUACAUAGCCUGGGUUCGAUCUACUCACAUCGUCUUUUCAUCUUUUCUAUCUUUUUCUUUGUUUUUUUUCAUUAAUGGCAUAAUGAUAUGGGUUAGAAUAUUAAAUAUAUUUUAAAUGGUCCCGAUCAAAUAGAAAACAACUUGUAAAAGCGGAAGUUGCAUAUAAAUAGAGGUUUCCUACUAUUAAGGAGUGGUGGUUAUUUUCAAAAAAGAAAAUGAUGUGGUGGUUAGUUUUGAAAAUUAAAAAGGCAGAGUAGUUAUCACAUUAAAAAGGUAUGUAUCGUUAAAAAUAGUUGUUGGAUCCAACUUUUAUCAAUGGGUCAAACAGGUGUUUUAAUAGAAUAGAUACACCAAUCAUCGAAAUAAAAUAAAUGAAUUAGGCCCUAAUAAUUAGGACGAUCGUUACAAAAAAAAAUCUAAAACCCAGAGUAACCGCUCCUUUAUUCUCGCUCUAAAACCCUAACAUUUUUCUCUCUCAUAUAUAGCCUAUUGAGACAGUUAACGAGUAGACAACUUACAAGGUUGAAGUCUUAUUUGGAUCAAAACAAAAGACACGACAUUAUCCUCUAAAAUCAAUCUCCAGGUCUUUGAUUCUCUCUAUAUAUCCUCUCUUGUCUUUUUUCUUUUUAUCUAAUUUGUUUUAACAGAUAAUUUAUUAGCUCGUUACUAACUAUUAACGAUUAAUCAAGCUUAAAAAUCAUCUAUUAAAACACUUUGUAACUCCUACUGAUUGCUUCACCUUCUUGUUUUCUACAGGUUGUUUCAUCUUCUCAAUGUCGUCCAUGGAUUGUUUAAGCAACUUCUUUACUUGGGAUCCUCCUAUCCAGCUCCAGGAUUGUUUUAUCCCAGAUAUGGAUAUGAUUAUCCCAGAAACCGACAGUUUCUUCUUCCAGUCUCAACCUCAAAUGCAGUUUCAUCAGCCAUUUGUUCAAGAAGAAGCUCCUUCACAGACCUUUAUAGAGCUCACUGACUUUGACUCUUUCUCCGACCAGUUUCUUCCUCCCCAAGAAACCCAUCUUCCUUACCCUAAAGCUGAAACUUUCGACGAAAUACACUACUUGGAUUCCUUCCUUCCCACGCCAAAACGCCAGAAACUUGUUAACUCAAGCUACCACUGUAACACUUUCACCCAUUUCCCAAACCCUAACCUUGAUAUCGUUCAACAAGCUUCCGUCUUCCCUGAGUUUCGAGUUCAUGACAUCCCCUUGGUGUUCAAGGCAGGUCUAGGAGAUCAAGACGGGGCCAAGAAACCAAAGCUUUCAUCUCAGAGCAUGGCGGCUCGAGAGAGGAGAAGAAGAAUUGCUGAGAAGACCCACGAGCUCACGAAACUAGUCCCUGGUGGCCAGAAACUUAACACCGCCGAGAUGUUCCAAGCCGCCGCUAAGUAUGUCAAGUUCUUGCAAAGCCAAGUUGGCAUCCUCCAAAUGAUGCAGACCACAAAGAAGGUAACAACCAGCCUCCAAAAACAACACUACAAAUUAAUUGAAACCCUAACCGUGUUGUCUAACGAGGUGGUUGUUAUUUUGCAGACGCAGGGUAUCACUGAUGUGGAAAUAGAAACUCAGUUUUUGCUUGAGUCGCAAGCAGUCCAGGAGAAGCUAUCAAUGAAGGAAUUAUGUUUGGUUCCAUGUGAAAUUGUUCGAGAUCUAACAAGUGAAGAAUCCAUUUGGAGAAACCCAAAGAUUUCUCGAGAGAUCGACAAGUUACUGUCCACAGAUCUGGCUAACUAGUUUUAGUUCUAAGCAUGAAGCUUUGUGUCUGUUCUUGCUUGUUUGUGUUCUUAGUUUGUGUUUUGUAUUGUUGAUUAGUGGCUAAUUCUGUUAACUGGGAACUAAUACUUUGUGCGUAUUAGUCUCAUGUAUAGGUAUUAGCAACCGUAUCUAGUUGUCCAUGUAUUAGCUAUCAUUUGACAUUUUAAUGGCUAGCUAAUGUAUGUCCACAUGUUGAAACUUUUACUUUUUAACAAAAUAACAAUUCUGUUUCUCUUUUUUACUUUGUGGGUAUUACUAAUUUAAAGCCCAAAAAUCAGAUUAAACAAACUCUCUAAUCCGCGAUCGGAAAGGGGUAGUUGCGUGAAUAAUGCCUUGCUAAUAGGGAUUCUCUAGCUUAAUAUAGUAGUACUAGUAUUUUUAUUUACCUUGGCCUCAACUACCGUAAAUAGAAAAAAAAAACAUUUUGGAAUUUUAUGAGUUAUGGUUUACUCUAAGGACAUCAACAUUCAGCAUCACGUUGAAAAACUCAUGCGACGUAUGUAUUUAUAGUUCGAUUAUUUAAAAAAGUAAAUUAUAUAAUAAAAUUAGUAUUUAUGUUAUUGAAUAUUUUCAUUUUGAGUUUCUUAAACCGAUGAAAACGCUCUUAUCAAAUCAGUCUCAAACUUAAACCACUAAAAACUGAUUUUACUUGUAUUUUGAAAAGAAAACAACUGAUAAAUGUUACUAAUUUAACACAUUGACCCAUAUAAGAUAUGUUUGUUAUGUAAUGACUGACCCCCUGUGAAUUGAUUAGCUGGCUCCGCCACUGGUUUAAGCUACUGAUCGACAAAAGAUAGACGGUCCGAAGCUGAUCAUAUCACUAAACUAUAGGCCCAUGAGUUAUAAAGAAACUGAACCGUUAUCUUACACACAUGGGACCCAAAUCAAAACUAGGGUGUUGAUUAUACUAUUUAAAACAAAUAGCUUUUAUUUAUAAGAUUUAUAAUUUAAGGGGGUUAAAAUGUUAUUAACCCGUUUACUUAAGUUUGUUUUAAUUUUCUCACAUUCUCAGUUUCUUUUAAGAUCUAGAGGAAGAAGAAGAAGAAGCAAGCAAGCAAUGGCAGCCAUGGGAUCAGGACCAGAUCACCUCUUCAACCUCCGAAACA